AUGCUAGUGAUUGGAGUUAAACAGGAAGAGCCAGAUAAAAUAUUUCUGAUGAUGUUAGUGAUGGCAGUAGGAACCUUCUUACCUUACAUUGAAAUUGUGUUGACUGGAGUUACAGUCUUCAUUUUAGUGAUCUCAUUUGUUAUUAUGAGUCUUCAUAUUUAUCUAUUACUGUGUGUAGUUAGCAUAUAUAUAAUAAUAACGAAUAAAGUUAAGCUUCAGCGUGUUUGGUACACGCGUGAUACACGCUAUUGA